AUGACGGACGUAUUCUCCGGCAAAUACAAACUAUCCAAAAGCACCAACUUUGAUGAAUUCCUCACAGAGCUAGGUAAGUCCACACGCCAACUCGUCAAGUCGGCUAGUCCAGAGCUGCAAAUCACAAGAAACGGCGACGGGUGGCAUGUAGAGACGAAAGCUGGCGUAGGGCACUCCGAGUUUACGUUUACGCUGGGUGAGGAAUUCGAGGAGGUCCGCCAGGAUGAUGUCAAGGUGCGUAGUCUGGUAGUGCAGGAUGGGAAUAAGUGGACGCAGACGCAGACGCCGGUUGAUGGGGUUAAGAUUGUUACGAUUGUGCGUGAGUUUGGAGGGAGUGAGAUGAUUACGACGGCGACUGUUGGGGAUGUUACUUCGACGAGGAUAUUUGACCGGGUUGACUAG